AUGAAAACUAGAGAGGUGCACAGGAAACAUCCUGAGAUCGGCGAACGCGAUGAGCAGGUCUUUUGGACGCGAGGCAGUGGGGAUGAGAAGGACGCUUACGAAAUACGCGUUAAAGAGCUGCACAAUAUGCACCCUGAUGUGGGCAUUCAAGAGGAGCAAGUGUUCUGGACUCAAGGCACAGGCCCCGACAAGACUGUCUACGGCAUAGUUGCCGACGAGAUACAUGGCGAGAAGCUUGGAGAUGGAUUCGAGGAUGUGACGCUGAUUUGGGGCGAUAGCAAAGGGCCAUUCCACGCCAUUCACGGAAUGAUCCGUGGCAGUGCGGAUGAGCAGGAUGGCCAGGACGAGGACAAAACAAGUGAAGAUGACGGUGAGAAGGAGGCAGAGACAGCUCCACCCAGAGCGAAGUUUCUUAUGGAUAUGUAG